UAUGGGAAUUAAUCUAUGAACUACUCUAGACAACAGAGAAAGAAAGUGGAGUGCUGGAGUUUGCGGAGAAAGCAGCAGGAAAUUGUGGAAUUGUUGCUGUUGGGCUGUCUGGGAAAACUAAAAAAGGAUGCAUCAUAGAUGAAAUGGUCUGAGUUCUUAAUAUGGAGGGGAAAAAACUAUUAAAGCGUUUGUAUGUUGGAGGACUUGGCCAUACAGUCUCUGAGGAUGAACUGCAGGAAAGAUUCAGCAAGUUUGGCGAAGUUACAGAUGUAGAAAUUCUUACCAGGAAGGAUGAGCAGGGGAACCCUAUGAAAAGUUUUGCUUACAUCAACAUCAGCAUUUCAGAAUCAGAUCUUAAAAAAUGUAUGUCAAUUUUAAAUAAAACAAAAUGGAAAGGUGGAACACUACAAAUUGAACUGGCAAAAGAAAGCUUCUUGCACAGAUUGGCACAGGAAAGAGAAGCAGCAAAGCUGAAGAAAGAACAGCCUCGUGCAGAUAGCAAAGCAAAUCUAAUGGAAUCACUGAAGAAAGCUGGAGUUGUAGAUUUUCACAUGAAAGCAGUGCCAGGAACAGAAGUACCAGAUCAUAAGAACUGGGUGGUUAGCAAAUUUGGAAGAGUUUUACCUGUUCUUCACCUUAAGAGUCAACAGCAAAAAAAAAUCAUGAAAUAUGACCCCUCAAAAUAUUGCCAUAAUCUUAGAAAACUGGAGCAAGACUUGACUGAAAUGGUUCCUGUAUCCAAACUUACUUGGUAUUUGGAAGAGGAAGAUGAUAGCAUGACCAAGAAACGACAAGGAGAAUAUCAUAGAACUAAAAAGCCCUCCAAAAAACUGAGGAAGGAGGGUAAUGAGGACUUAAAUAAAACAUCACUUCAAUAUUCAGGUUGCCAAUUACAACUGAAGAAAGCAAACGUAAAGAUGGGUGAAACAUCACUUUCAGGUUCAACUGAAUUAUUUCAGAUUCCUACUCUUAGUGACACGAAAAGAAAAGAAUUCUUCCUGCAUAAGAGCUUGGUCUCAGAUGUUGUGUUUCACAGAAAUAUGCCUAGCAUUUCUGAUGAUGAUCUUGAUUCAGAAGAAGAGAUUGAAGCAUUGAUAAGGAGAGAAAAGCAAAUGGAGAAAAUGAAGACCAAUAUUGUUUCUGAAAAUAACUAUUUGGAAGUUGUUGGGCAUAAUUUUGAGCUAAAAUAUAAUACUCACUGGUCUUCAAGCAAUCCAGAUGUCAUGAGGAAAGUCACUAAACAGAGUAAUAGAGUGAGAGAAACUACUGAAAAUGAUGAUUAUAAUUCAGCAGAUACAGAUGAAAUUAUUGCAGUAAAUAAAACUUUAGAUAAAGGUAAUGUGAAGACUAAAGUUCUAAAAAAAUGUAAACAGAUGAAAGUAGAAAAGGAUUAUAUUAAGGAUGCACUCUUGAGUAAUGAAAACGUUGAGUCUGUAAAUGAUCCUUCUGUUGUGUCACCAGAUAAGCGAAACAGAAAGAAAAUCAAAAGAACGGUACCUGAAAAAAUGGAAAAAUCUAGACCUACCGCACUGCAAGACACCAUAACUGACAGCAAAUCUAAGUCCAGUAGCAAUGAGAACUUGCAUUCAGAGUCUGAAGCAAAUGAAUCUGAAUCUGAUUCUUGUUAUGAAAACUUGAUGCAAAACUGUUACCACCUGGAUCUUACAUUAGAUGACUUAAAAGACUUGGCCACUAUAAGUACUGAGAUUUCAGAAGAAAAUACAGAAAGUAAAUUGAGUAUUGGUCAGUGUAAAAGUGAUAUUAUUGACAACAUCAGGUAUGAAAUUGCCCCUUCAGUUAAAAAUAAUAUUAAUCCUGAAGAUAUUGUUGCUGCCAUUUUAGAAGGAGAGGAGAGUCCUGAAGAAAUGAAACCAAUGAAAAAUACUUCAGUUUUGAAGUAUCAGCCCUUUAAAGGAAUAGGAUCCCUGUGUGAAAAUGAGCCAUUUAAGGAGUUGACCAAGGAAAGUCUUAAUUUCAGGGCAAGAUAUGCAGAAAAAGCCUCAAAACCUUACUGUUCCUAUGGGAAAGAGUCCUGCUGUAGACAAUCUAGUAGUUGCGUAUCAUGUCCACCUGGAAGCAGAAGUGUGGAAAAGAUGCAGAAUAUUAUCUGUAACAAUUCUGAGAGUGUGUCGGGUUCCCUAUAUGCAGCAGGUAAAAGUGAAAAGCCUAUUUGCAAUCCACUUUCAGUAGGCAAUAAUACUUACUUGAGUUCAUGGAAAGAAGAUCAGAUAGUAAAGAGAGAAGAAAGUGAAGAUGGUACCAUUAUGAGGACUGAUGGAAGUGAGGAGAAAAGCAAUGAUAUGGAUAGCAAUGAGUUGGUCACAGAGAUGUGCAUUAAAUUUGAUUUGAAUAGCUCAGAAUCUCUUUCGGAGGAUCCAAAGACUGAUACAAACAGAGAAGUUUCAGCCUUUAUGCCUCAAGUGUGUGAAAACAUGAAAAGUCUGCAAGACACAAAAGAACUUUGCAAUCCUGUUAAUAUGCCGAGUGAAUCAGAUAAAAAGGAGAAACAACUGCGGGAUAAUCAAAAGAGACUGGCAGCUCUACAAGAGAGACACAAAGAGAGAGAGUUACAGAAGAAACUUAUUCAAGGGGCAUUCUCAAGCCUGGAUAACCAGUCAGCAAGCAAACCUAAACACGUUGUAUUUGAUUCAGAUGGGGAAGGUGAAGCUGAGGUAUGCAAAAGGCCUAAGGAAGGAGUGACUUUAGGAAAUGUGCUUAAAAAUUCCCCAGAGGCUGUGCGUGUGAAGCUGUUUGAGAGCAGUGAGGAUGAGCAAAAUGAUGCAGAGGAAGACAAUGAUAGAUUCAAAAUUAAACCCCAGUUUGAAGGCAAAUCUGGUGAGAAGCUCUUGCAUUUACAGUCACGCUUUGGCACAGAUGAGCGAUUUCGUAUGGAUGCUCAGUUCCUUGAAACUGACAGUGAAGAGGAAGGAGAGGCACAAAAAAUGAAUAUAGAUGAAGAAGAAGAACUUGUUGAAGAGAAAAAGAAAAAUCUGCAGAUACUGAGAAGUCUCCUGCAUGUCAACCUACAUCCUAAACCAAGCAAAAUGGCAACAAAUGCUAAGAAAUUUAAAGAUAUUAAUACCCUGCGCUAUGACCCAACAAGGCAGGAUCAUGCAGUUUUUGAAAGAACUCUAGGAACUUCAGAAAAAGAAAGUAAAGCUAAAAGAAAGAAGAAAAGGGAAGAGACUGAGAAAUUGCCUGAAGUUUCCAAAGAAAUAUAUUACGAUGUUGCUGUGGAUUUAAAAAAAAUGUUUGGAUCUACAAAACGUACAGCUGAAAAAAAUGAAAUAACACCCUGGGACAAAGAGGAUGAUGUGGAAGAAUCAACUCUAUUUGACCAGCAGAUGUUAAGUAACGCAGAAGAAGAAUCUGGUGGCUUUACAUUUUCCUUUUUUGGUGUGGAUAUGGACAAGUCUGCAGUGCAAGAAGAGCCCUAUGCAAUUGAAACAAUAAGACCUGCAAGAGUUGUAUGGCAAGAGGACCCACGUUUCCGGGACAGCAGCUCUGAAGAUGAGACAGAAGCAUCAGAAAAUGAAAACGACAAAGAAAUUGCUCGGUCUUCACCACAGAAGGCAACUAAUAAGUUUUUCUUCUUUUCCAAAGAUGAUGAUAGAUUAAGAGAGGGUCCGAAGCUGUUCUUCAGAUUAUCAGAUCUCCAUGAAAACAAAGAUAACUGGGAAAACAGGCGUAGGUUAUUACUUCAGGAAUGCCGGAAGAAACAUAAAGAUGCAAGAAGGAAAGUUAAAUCAAAACAAUAAAUGCAUUUUUAAACCCUGACAGCCAUCUUUUUUUUUCUUCAUGAAACUAUAAAAUUACAGAAAAAUACGUGGCUGCAAAGUUCAAUUAUUUCAGAACUUUUUAAAAAAGAAAAAUAUUUCAGCUAAACUGAAAAAAACCUGUUGGAAAGUUUUCAAGUUACGAACAGAUAAGUCUAUAUAUAUGACAUUUUAACUGUGAAAAUGAAUAUGUGUUGCUUUGUGGGGAUAACUUAGUAAUGUUGAGGGGUGGUUUUUCUUUGCCCCUUUUUUCUUUUUCUUCUUUGAAUAUGUCAUUUAAAUGUCAUACUUUUCAGAGCCACCUCAGUGUGCAAUGCAAUAUAGAAAGUUCUGAGUUACAUUUAGGUUCAGGUGCUUCAAGGAGGUUGAACAAAGACAGCUUUGACAUGAACUGAAUGGGAAGUAGGAGACUUUCAGCACCUUAUGAAACUUGUUCUGAGCGUAGGACAGGUCCUUCUUUGAUAUUCCUUUGCAAAUAUUCUAAAUAUUUUUAUGUAACUUUCAAAUAUACAGUAAGUUUAUAAAAAUGUUUAAAUUAAAAUAUUUAUGGAAUAACAUAUUUCUAAUUCUUUGCAUAAAACCUGCUUUUCCAUUUAUAUAGGUAUUACACAUAAAUAAACCUUUAGACAAAUGUUACUAGUACAG